CACCAACUCACUGCCGAGAAUCACUUAAAUGUUAAGCGAAAGAGCGCUUGAAAAGGGCUCUGGAAGAUGCUGCAGUUGUACUAGAUUUUGAUUCUCUAAGUGUAAGCCACCAUGUUGCAACCCAUUAUGUCUGAGCUGUCAGCAAUGAGGAUUGUCUUGGCAAGUGGAUCUCCAAGACGCAGACAUAUGCUGAGCAGUAUCGGACUCAAGUUUGAAGUUGUACCAUCGACAUUCGAAGAGAAUCUGGACAAGUCUUCAUUCAGUUCAGCCGUGGAGUAUGCGAAGGAGACGGCAAGGAUGAAAGCCACCGAAGUCGCACAGAGGUUGAAAGAGGCAAAUGAACCUGAUCUAGUCAUCGCGGCAGACACAGUAGUAACACUCGGAGAGCGAAUCUUUGAAAAACCCAAGGACAAGAAGAAUGCAUUCGAGAUGCUGAGUCAGUUGAGUGGCACGACCCACCAGGUCCACACGGGCAUGGCACUCAUUACUCGCAAAAAAGGGAAUUCAUGUCAACCUGACAGUCCAUUCAUCAUAACACAGUUUCAUGAGACGACAGAGGUCACCUUUGGUGACCUUUCACCUGAGGUCAUCCAGGGAUACGUCGAUACUGGAGAACCAUUAGACAAGGCAGGGGGUUAUGGCAUCCAAGAACUUGGAGGCACACUAGUCAAGGGAGUCAAUGGAGACUAUUUCAACGUUGUUGGUUUCCCACUUUAUAAUUUCUGCCGUCAUCUAGCACAGUUAGUUUAAUAGCCAGUUAUGAUAACAGAAACGGGACGGUCCAUCUUUGAGGAAAGCCUUGACAGUAAUGCUGAGUCAGUUGGAAUAACUGAUUAUUCCAAUUUUUAUCUUUCCAGUUGAUCAGAUAUUCAGUUUUACCAAAUUCAAACAAAGGCAGAAACAAAACAUAAAUGUCGUUACAAACAGUUGAAAAAGAAAAACUUGCAGGAAAGGUAAUUUUUGGCCUCAUCUUUGGAAAAAGCAUUGCUUUUAGAGUGCAAGGUGGUGAACAUAUUUUAUUUCCUGGUUUUUUUUUAUUUUUCUGAUUUUCACCCCUUCAACAUUUUGAUUUGGAAAAUAACUCUUUGACUUAGCAACAGCCUAUCGAAUAUCUGAAUGCUCGAUUAAAUGACACAAUCUACACAACAGAGUGCAAGAACUUUUUUUCCAAAUUUUCCAUAAAAUGGAAUUGACUGGCAGUUGCUGCAUAUGCAGCCCCCUGCCUGCCAUUAUGUCGGCUCAUUUUAUUUAUUUUUUAUCAUUCUUUGAAGGCACUAAUAUGCUACCUUCCUCUUCUUCCCUUUUUAACAAUUGUGAUGGACAAAAUACAUACAACCUAAUCUUUUGUCAGGCAAAUUUCCAGUUUAGCCUGUAACCCCGAAUAUGGAUGCAUAAAUGUACAUACAUGCAUACUCUUCUUACUAUGCUACAAAUGCUGUGGCCAAGUUUUCCUUUUUUAAAGUGUCACAGUGUAGCUGACAAACAGUAGUCAACAUACCAAGGGUUUCAUCACAAAAUGCUAUAUCCUCCAUUUUUUUAAAAUAUGAGUUAAGAUCAGUGUUGUAUUUGAGUGCAUCACAAGUCGAUCAGUCUUAAGCCACUUCACAAGCUAUUCAAAUGAGCUGUGACAAAAGCAUUCUUUUGUCAUUAAUCACCCUGUUUCUUAUGACUGACCUUAUGAAGGGACUUGUGACUGGACUUGUGAAGGGACUUGAGAAAGGACUUGCGAGUUGCGAUGAACUUACUCCAGCACUGGUUAAAAUGACCUAAUUGCUAAAUGACACCUUGUCGGUUGAAUUCCGAUGUGUAGUUUGGAGAUAUGAUAAAAUGUAUAUAAAAUGUCCUUAUUUUCUUUAUUUUAGCAGACAAUAAUCGUGCAUCUCAAAAUCAAUAAAUUGGAUAUAUAGCAUUUUGCAAUGAAAUUCUUCAAAUUCACAUGCGUAGAUGAUAGUCACCCAGCCAUCCAUAUGGUUUAAUUCCAAGGUAAACUCAUGAACUGAUGUGUUUGUAAUUUUACUCUUAGAAAGAACUCAAACAAGUUCAUUCUUGGGAUAGACGCUAAACAUCUUUAAGUGCUGGGAAAGCAAUGUGCUUGUCUUUCAAUGGCUGAACUUGUAGAGGGAGGAACUUUUGAAGGGAAAUUUGAAAUGCCAAUCUCUGAUAGGGUUGGUGUGCAAGGAAAUUAUAGACAUACCUGUAGGUUGUCAUUGCUUUGCAUGGUUUGGGAUACUUUUUGUCGAGUAAAUAAUACAUUGUCAUUUAUUGAUAGUGUAGCUGUUAUUCAUUUGCUCAUUUGAACAUGUAGGGAGCUACUAGUCCGCUACCCUUUUUUUAAUGAAAUUUGUACAGUAUAUUUUUAUAUUUAAACUACCUAAAUGUAGGUAUCAGAGGCCGAACUUUUCUUGAAUGGGUUCAUUGCUAAAGAUAUUUCCAUAUUCAUAACAGUAAUUCCAAAACCAUAUUUAAGCAGUGA